AUGCUCCCGGUGACUCUCCUCCUCGCCCCGCUCCUGUUUCUGGGGGGCUCAGCACAAUGGGGACGGACACCCGUCUGUACCGGCGCCACCGAGUGUUUUUCCUACGUGACCCUCUGCCGAGACACGGAAUACGAGAGUCGCGCGUACGAGCCGAGCCACUGGAUCGGGACGCAGGUACUACCGGCGGAGAGGAGGUACAGAGCCAUCAACCGCCUGCGGGAGUACUUCAACAGGAAGAACCGGCCAGGGAUACUGAUCGAGAGGACAUCCCCCACCCUCACCAUGUACGUGAACGUCAAUGGCGUUCCCAGAGAGACGGCCGUUUUCUUCUACCUGCCCAGACGCUUCCUAUCCAAUCCUCCCAUUCCCCGGGAUGAGCUGGUGUACCUGUCGAACUCGCCGGCCCAGAGUAUGUUUGUGCGUUCUGCUGGUUCUAUCUUUUUCAACCUGAAGCGAGCAUCGCAGGAGUUGUUCGAGGACUUGCUCCGUCAGAGAGAGAUUUUCAUGCAAGACCGCUUUUACCUUGCCGAGUAUCACAGACCACUCUCGAUCCUCGGACGACGCAAUGAGAUCUGGUUCCAGGCGCUGGGUCCCGUUCGCUGCGGCUCCAGGUUCGGGAGCGGCCAGUCCACGGCGUGACCACGUUGGAUCGCAGCGGCACCUGCCCUGGACUCCAUCACAACCAGCCCCUCCGAAGCUGAUCCACCAGGGUGUGGUGACCAGAACUGGAGCCAGACCUCACGGAAACAGGCCCUUCGGCCCAACUCCCCCAUGCCGACCAAGAUGUGUACCCAGCUUGUCCCACUAGCCCGCGUUUGACCCAUCGGUUUCCUAUCGAUGUACCUGUCUAAAUGUCUCUUAAAUGUUUUUUUUGUACCUGCCUCCAUGGUAUUGUUCCGAUUGUCUCUGUUCAUUUUGACCGAUAUCGCUUCAAGAGUUUAGUUGAGUUUAGUGCUACAGUGUGGAAACAGGCCCUUCGGCCCACCAAGUCCAUGCUGACCAACGAUGACCCAUACAC